AUGACGAGGACGUGUGCUGCGAGUGAAGAUGACGUCGUGGUUACGAUCGAAGACAUCGAGCGACUUGGAACCUCUAACUUUGAUGCCACCGGCCGGGCCUAUUACAACCGCGGCAUCGGACCGGAGCAGACACUUAAAGAGAACGUCGCGGCUUUCUCCAGGCUACGCCUGCGGCCGAGAGUGCUCCGCAACGUAGCUGAAAGGAGGAUGGAAGUAACCCUGCUGGGAGACCAGAAGCUGUCCAUGCCGGUUGGAAUCUCUCCAACAGCUUUCCAAAAAAUGGCACAUCCGGACGGAGAAAUCGCCGUAGCGAAGGCGGCCCAGGCUGCUGGAACACUCAUGACGCUGAGCAGCUUCAGCAACGACUGCCUCGAAGAUGUGCAGCGAGGAGCACCGGGGGGACUUCGCUGGUUUCAGCUGCACGUGUUCAGGGACAGGGAGUUCACCAGGAACCUCGUGGAACGUGCCGAGAGGUCCGGCUACCGCGCCCUCGUGCUCACCGUCGAUAUGCCCGUGGAAAGGCCGCCUAACAUUGCCAAGAUGCCCGACUUCUGCAUACCGGAGCACCUCAGGUGUUUAAAACUCCCUAAACAAUGUGGCGGCCACCACCUCUCAAACUUCCGAAACUACGCAAACCCAAAAGCGGCGGCCUUUGAUGGCCUCCACGAUCCUUCCGUCACCUGGGCGGACGUCACUUGGCUGAGAAGCAUCACAAAGCUGCCUGUGGUAGCCAAAGGAAUUUGUACAGCCGAAGAUGCAGAGGAAGCCAUUCACUACGGAGUUUCUGCAAUAUUGGUGUCUAAUCAUGGAGCAAGACUCCUGGAUGGAUUACCUUCGACAAUCGAAGCACUCCCCGAUAUAGUGAGUGCCGUCCGUGGCCGCGUCGAGAUCUACCUUGACGGCGGAGUGCGUCGCGGCACCGACGUGGUCAAGGCGCUGGCACUCGGAGCCAAGGCCGUGUUUAUCGGACGCCCAGCCCUCUGGGGCCUGGCGUACAACGGUGAAGCAGGCGUGCGCCAGACGCUCGAAAUCUUGAGGGAGGAGCUGGACCGGGCUCUCGCAUUGAUGGGAUGCUCUUCUGUCGAUCAACUGCGACCCCAAAUGGUUGUUCAUCAAAGUUAUUUCUACCGGCUGCCGCAGACCGAGGCACGAAUUCAAAAUGGCUGCCACUAA